AUGCGGAGAGGACAUACCAAGUCACGAUUCGGAUGCAAGCAGUGUAAGAAACGCAAGGUCAAAUGCGAUGAGGCAAAGCCGUCGUGCCUCAAGUGCGUGUCUCGCCGUCAGCACUGCUCUUAUCUGCAAACCACUCUGCCAGCCCCAAUAUCCCCGGCGUCAACCUCGACACCAAGUCUCUGCAGCAGCACGACCGCCACUUCCCCAUCCCAGUCCCAGGAUCAACUGGCAAGAACUCGACCUCUAUCAGCAAUAUCUACUGGUGGUACCUCGAGUUCUUCGUUUGGCGCAUCAUUCUUUGAGGCCAGAUACACUCUGCUCCAUCUGGAGAUCCUCGACCAUCUCAGAUCCCACAGGCUGGGGUUUGAUCAGCGAUCAAAUCCAGUAACAGACAGGUUCCUUGAACUUGCAUUUGGCGAAGCAUACCAGACGCCGUAUCUGAUGGAUGAGAUGUUGGCACUCGCCGCAGCACACAAGAGUACACUAGUCCCGGGAGACCUACAGCAUUUGUAUCGCACUGAGUCGAUCAGACUGCAGACGCGUGCAGUAUCCCAGGUCGACUUCGACCAACCUUCUGACAGCGCCUCCCUCGCCCCCUUCCUCUUCUCCACGCUCCUCGGCCAGCACGUCCUCUUCGACGUCUUCUCAUCCACAUUCGACUUCGCCAAAUCACUCGAUAAGCUUAUACAGUGUUUCAACCUCCACCAUGGUAUUCGAAGUACUGCCAGCAAGAGUUGGGAGACCAUCCAGCAUCUCAUGUACAGCGAUCCGUCGGUAGAUUACACGGUCUCUAGGACUCUCGUUCCAUUGACCACGGAGGGAAGCCACUGUGAUGGUCUCGUGGACCACCUCGAGCACAGUGGCCUGGACCAGCAGGUUCUUGCUACGUAUAGGCAGACUAUCAAGAUUCUGCAAUAUCUGUUCGACUCUGCACGGUCGUCGGAUACACGCCGGAUGACGGCGCUGCGAGAAUGGCCCACUAGGAUAUCCACAGACUACAUCCAGCUGCUGCAGCAACGGCGACCAGAGGCCUUGGUAGUUCUGGCGUACUACGGAGUACUGCUGCAUUAUGCGAGGGAAUACUGGGCGGUCGGAGAUGCCGGGCGCGUUCUUGUAUCUUCGAUAUCGAGUCACUUGGGUGAUUAUUGGGCGGACUGGUUAGCAUGGCCGCAACAUGAGGUCGAGAAAACGUGA